AUGGAUAACGCUCUCACUAAACUUGGAAGUGCUUGGAUCUCCAAGAAAGCCAAGGCAGAGAUUUCCCACAUAACCGAUGAUCUAUCAUCUCUCUCGAAUACUGUGGAAGAGAAGGCAAAACUUUUCAUCAACAAGCUCAAAGGAAAAUCCCAGAAGGUUUUGCCAGAUCUCCUUCGAGAGUACAACCUUCCUCCUGGUCUGUUCCCCCGUAACAUAACAUGCUACGAGUUCGAUGUAUUGAGAGGAAAGUUGGUCGUGUAUUUGUCCUCUCCCUGUGAGGUGUGUUUCAAGGACUCAUCCAUUGUGAGGUAUGCAAAUCGCAUCAAAGGGACAUUAUCAAAGGGAAAGCUCACUGUUAUAGAUGGAAUGAAGACAAAGGUUCUUGUGUGGGUCAAGGUUACCAGUGUUGCUGUUGAGAGUUACAAGUCUGACAAAGUGUGGUUCACUACCACUGCUGGAGUUAAGAAAUCAAGGCCCAAAAAUGCAUAUGAAAUGCCUCGUGAAGCAAUUCUGGUACAAGAAUUUUGA